AGCUGGAAGCCAUGCACUUCCUGCAGUGGUUUUGGAAAUAUUCGGAGUUGUAAAAUCCUAUCGUAUAAAAUUUAGGCGAGGCGUAUUACCAGUGUUAUAAUUUAUUACAGGACAGCGAUGACUAUUUUUGAUAUCGCCGCAUGUGACUACAAAUCGCCCGAUUGCAUGAUUUUUCAGUGUGCUUUUUAUUGACCUAUAUACUGUGCCAAUUUAUGACCUAAAAUUUACAUUUAUAUACUGUGAUUUCUGCAACGAAGUAAGGUUUUAUGUUUCUACGUUUUAUCUGCUGAAAACAUGGGAAAAGGAAGGGACAUUUCCAUAAAGGAUCUAACAGAAGAUGACAUUAAACAGGCAUUUGAAAAGACACAAAGCAAGUUUGAGAAGAUUCAAGGCUUUAAGUUGAUAAGAAUUACUGAAGAAUACUACGAUAAAGCAUUGCAGUUGUGUCGAGAACAUUUCGUACCUCAAGAGCCUCUAAUGAAAUCCGUAGGUGCCCCAUGGUGCGAGGUAAUAGAAUCGUUCUGGUUAGAUGCUUUGAAACUCAACCUUUCGCUGAUGCUUAUAGACGAAGAGACGGACGAAGCUGUUGGUUUUCGGACGAUACGAUACGCUUUCAAAGAUGAGAAGUUAGAUCUUAAAGGUACCAUACCAGAACCAUUACAAGUGCUCAUGCAGUACCUUCUUUACUGUGAAGAAAAAGCUAGUUUCUUUGAUCACUAUGGUAUUCAAGAGACAAUACAUUUUCUGUCGCUUGUGGUUGCUGCCAAAUACCAGAGGCGUGGUUAUGCUACAAAAAUAUUCCAUGCAGCGACAGAUAUGGUGCGAAACCUUGGUUUAGACCAAGUUUAUAUCAAAGGUGAAGGCACGUCCAAUUUUUCCAAGAAGAUUUAUGAAAAAGAGGGUUUUGACAUUUUGUACGAACAUGUGUAUAACGACUGGGAGGUCGACGGAGAGAAACCGUUUAGUAAUACGGGUGAACACAAAUCAAUAAAAAUAUAUGGACGGAAAAUUACACAGAGUUAAUAAAAUAAAUAUUGUGAAGCAGGCAGUAAAUAUAUCUUAAUUAUCUUAGACAGAAGGAUAUCCAUAUAAUCACCGUUUUACAUUUACUUCUGCAUGAAUAAGAAUAAUUAUACGGGAAAUCUUAUUUUUUUUUCGUUUUUAGUUUGCCUUAUUGCCACAAUGCCGUAGGUCUAUUUUUGGGCAAAAUUGAGAUUUUAGUGUCUCUAUGACAUUCGUAUGAUGGUGAAUUUGUGGCCUUGUAGAACUAAUAUAAACAGGCUAAAUUUUAGUUCAACAAGGCUGUAAGUAAAGUCACUGACACUAUCAUAUCUUUAAAUGUCGUUUCCCAAAACUAUCAAAAAGCUAGUUACUGCAUUGUGGAAACAAGGCGGCUGCGUGUAUAGGCUUAUACAUUAAAUUAGUCGGUAUAGGACAGUCCAACUAGUAGACUGACCCUAGCGUGAUGCGCACCGACAAUAUUUACCAGAUUCUAUUACCAGUACUCGUGUGUAUGUUUUACUGUACAUAAUGAUGUUUGUAAGAUACGAGUUGAAAUCAUUACUGAAAUAAUCUGUGGGACAUAAUUUGAUAAAAUAAUACUGUUUGCUAUACCAGCCUUUUGUAUUUAUGUAUAUACAUAUAUUUGAUUAUGACUAUAGUGAUGAGAAUGAUGAUGGUGGUGGUGGCGUUGUUAUAACACAACGAUAGUAUUUUUUUUACUGAAAAUAUCCCAUAAAGUAACUGUGCCAGCACAGUUUCUACACCUCCAUUAAAUUGUAACCAGCCUUAGGCAAACUGGCUUUAAGAUAGAUUGGAGUGUAUAAGUCCGUCCACAUUAAAACCUACAUUAGUGAAAGAAAAUCCAUUAGUGAAUGAAAAUCAAAACUGAAAAAAAUAAUUGAUGACAUUUCAAAUAUUUUAUUUGAAACUUUGAUGAAAUCACAGGAGUCUGAAAUUCUAUCAAUAAUACCAUAGACGCCUAUCUUUACAAAAAAUACCCCCUAUAUAUAUAAAAUAUAUAGAGGGUAUUUUUUAUAAAGACAGACUUCUAUGGUCUUAUUGAUAGAAUUUCAGACUCCUGUGAUGAAAUUAUCUUCACUAUUUUGAGGGUUAAGAUGUUUUUAAGUUAGUCACCGAACUCAUUUAGAGAUGUGUCAAGAGAAUGUCGUGCAAGCAGUAUGACACCGAAAGCAGUAUGACACCAUCGUGCAUGGCAUGUUAGAACAUGAAUAUAGUUCAUCAUAUAAAUAUUUGGUAUACUACUACAGCUUACGCGUGUAAAUGGAUUUCUUUUUCAAAUACAUGUUUGUGUUCUUUAGGUAGUUCUGCAUAGUUGUGACAGCGUAAGGAAAUUUUAUCCGGAAAACUUAGAGUAAUGAGAAAUCUGUUAUACAGUUAGCAUAAAUGUUGCCUAGAAAUUACUUUAUCCUUUAUAUCAAUAUUUAGUCAGCAGUACUGUCUUUUUGAAGUAAUUCAAUUCAAAAUAAUAAUAGGAAAUAAACAGCAAUGAACAGACUAUAGUUGAUAUUUGGCGAGUUGUGAAAAAUAAAGCGCACAUAUUUAUACAUUUUAUUUGGCCGUGUGAUUCAUGAUACAGUAGGUAAAUCUUAAGGAUAUUUGUUGUUGAAUUUCCUUCAGAUACAAUGUUGCUUUAAGAAUAUAUGUUGUCAAUGAAUAAAGUUUUGUAUUCAAUUUGU